CCCUCUCCUCCAAGAGACACACACACUUCCACACACACACAGUCUUCUCCGACCAGUGGCCACCGGUUGAACGGCGUCUUGACGAUUUUGACUUUGCGUAGCGUGUUGUGUUGCAUGUUGUUCGGUGCCAGGGACCUCGCCUGCUGUUUGUCUUGAGCAAGCUCAGGUUUAGUCGCCUCAUCAUGGACUCCAUUCCUGCCUCCCCUUUGCCAUGUCAGGAGGAAAGGAAGUUCCCCACCAACACAGUCUGCUCGGUGCAUAUUCAAUGGAUUGAAAACGAUGGAUCUUUGUGGGUCCUACUGAGUCCAGAAGUUGAAACUAUGGAGUAUGUGUCCCAAUAUUUAGCGGACUGUGCCAAUUUUGAUGGAUUGAAUUCCAUAGCAGUUGGUGAUGUUGUAUCUGCUUUUGAUGCUGAUGAUGGUUGCUGGUACCGAGCUAAAAUCUUGAAGACUGACCCAUUGACUAUUAAAUUUAUUGACUUUGGAAAUGUGGCUCGAGUAACCCCUGAGUUUGUGGCUGCCUUGCCACCUGACCUCUCAUUGAUUCACGAACUGGCCAUUCAUGUUAAACUAGCCCCUGAAUCAAAUAUAAUUCCGUGCCUUGGGGAUGAGCUUCUAGUAAAUUAUGUCACAUCAGAUAAUGGAAUAGCUGUUGUUAGUGUUGAAGUACCGGUGGAAACACAGGCGCCGGUUGAAUUGGUCGCGCCACUGCCACCUGCUUUACCAGGAGUGGUGGUGACAGAACACAUUUCUGACACUGUGCUUAAAGAAACGAUGCCAACGGUAUCUAGUGAGCUGAAAACUUCUGACGCAGGUUUUGAUUUGGAUAGUGAAACCAAAGACAUUAUUUUCGAGUCAAGUAUUGAUUCAAAUGAAACAAUUGUCGUCACAGAGUCAGUGACUGCAGAUGUGUGCAACUCUAUGCAGUCUGGAUUGCUUGAUAGCAGUGAAGUGUUGGCGUCAGUGCCAGUGGCAACUGUUCUUGCGUUGGACUCAGAGAAGCCACCACAGGCUGCCGAUGAGGGUAACUCUAUGCAGUCUGGAUUGCUUGAUAGCAGCGAAGUGUUGGCGUCAGUGCCAGUGGCAACUGUUCUUGCGUUGGACUCAGAGAAGUCACCACAGGCUGCCGAUGAGGGUAACUCUAUGCAGUCUGGAUUGCUUGAUAGCAGCGAAGUGUUGGCGUCAGUGCCAGUGGCAACUGUUCUUGCGUUGGACUCAGAGAAGUCACCACAGGCUGCCGAUGAGGGUAACUCUAUGCAGUCUGGAUUGCUUGAUAGCAGCGAAGUGUUGGCGUCAGUGCCAGUGGCAACUGUUCUUGCGUUGGACUCAGAGAAGUCACCACAGGCUGCCGAUGAGGGUAACUCUAUGCAGUCUGGAUUGCUUGAUAGCAGCGAAGUGUUGGCGUCAGUGCCAGUGGCAACUGUUCUUGCGUUGGACUCAGAGAAGUCACCACAGGCUGCCGAUGAGGGUAACUCUAUGCAACCUGAAUUGCCUGAUACCAACGCUCCUCCGGAUGAUGUGUUGGGUUUCCUGGGGGUCUCCAGCUCGGCAGUGGCAACAGCUGCGCCUGUUGAAGCAACUUUGACACCCAUAUCAAUUGACAAGGAAAUUUCUACUGUACAAGGAGUGGCUGCAGCAACUGACUUCCCAAUGAAAACAACUCUUCCAACUGCACCAGGUGAUCAGGAGCUGUCACUGCUACAUCCACCUAAAAAACAGCCUGAAUUUUGCUCAGAUUCUUCCAAGCCAAUUUUUGCUUCACCUGGAGAGCCUGUGGUUGAUACAUUUGUUUACUCGCCCAUGGAAGCAGCCCUGCAGACCAUGGCAAGUGGUCAGGAGCUUAUAGUGCCAUGUCCGCCUCCAGAACUACAAGAUGCUAAAUCAGAUUCUUAUGAACAAGUUUCUGUUCUACUAAGAAAAGGUGUGGCUGAUCCAGUUUGCAUAACACCUAAAGAAAGGAGAAUGGGCAGCAUUUCCAAUAAUAUUCGUUCUGAUUCACCCAAAACAGUUUCUGUACCACCAGCUGUUCCAACUGAAGUAGUUUCUGGAUCAUCUCUUGAAGAUGUGUCUGAUGUGAUUUCUCAUGCCUUUGAAAAGGGUAUAACUAAAGUAGUUUCCAACCCGCCGAAAAUUGUCAAUGGGUCACUUAAUAGUGUCCUAAAUGCUUCAGCUAAAGCUUUCACCAUAUCUGAAACCCCCUCAUCUCAUGGACAGCAUGUCAGGAAGAAAGAAACAAAAAGGGAUACAUCUGAGUUUUCUCAUCACUUUGAGUUGAGUAUCAUUCAAGAACAACUACGACUUCAAAUGUUACAACUUCAAAAGAGAAUUGAACAGGACGUUGCCUAUCAGAUAAAUUGUCUUAAGCAAGAAAUGUCCAGACAGAUUGGACAUCAAAUGGCAACUUUAUUUGCUGAUGUUGCUAUGAUAAAGAACGACAUUCAGAUGGGCAGAUGUAGUGAGCGUCGUCCACCAAUGAAUUCUGUGCAAUGUCAGAAUUCAAAUCUCUCUACCAACGAGCAGCCCUUCCAACAUCAAGCCUCAGCCCUUCAAAAAAAUACUCAUCAAUUUUAUGGCUAUGAAACUGCAAGUCAUCUAGGAAUGGAUUAUUCUUACUCUCAUGAUCUGCCAUCUGAGCUGCAGUCCUUCAAAGCUAAUGACAGGGAAACCCACUUAAACAAACUGAAAGUGGACUCUAUUGAGCCUUCCACGAGUGAAACGAUUGAGAAGCCAAGUGUUCUGAAGUCUGCCUCAAAACUUGUUUAUGUAACCAAAAUUGCAAAGGAUGUAACUUUGGAUCAUUUGUUUACAUUGUUUGGUCUUUAUGGUAAUGUCCUAAAGAUUAAAAAAAUGUCACCUGUAUCCGCUGUGAUUGAAAUGGGUGACCCUGCACAAGCUGAUCUGGCUGUCCGCUAUCUUAAUUUUGCCCCUUUGAAGGGUUUAAAGCUGCAUGUAAACCUGUCCAAAUUUUCCACUAUUUUUACAAAUCGUGAAGACUAUGAAGCAGGUCUUGUUAAGGACUUCUCCAAAUCAAGGCUGAACCGCUUUAAGGCUGGCCGGAUGGAUUGGGAUGCUGAUAAAUUAUCCCCCCCUUGCAACAGAUUAAGAACAAAUGUUACGAAAUCUACCUCUGAUGAUAAGAUAAAAGAUAUAUUCAAAAGUAAAGGACAUCAUGUUGCGAUAAACUCCGUACCAGGGAGGACUUCUGAAACAAAGACGUUGUAUAUUUCUCUCAACUCAACAGAAGAAGCCAUAAAUGCUUUGUGUGAAUUGCAUUACGCUGAGUAUGAUGACUGGUCACACAUGCACAUCACGUUUGCAAGACCCUCAAAAUUUUAAGUUUCUGCAUCAAAAAUCUGUAUUGUUGAUGCCAUUUUUUUUAUUUUUUUGAACUGAAUUUGUUUUUUUAAUAAGCAAUUUAUCAAGAAAAGUAAUUUCUUAUAACUGUGUUGUAAUUAGCGGAUUGCAAUUAUUUUGCAUUAUAGAUUAAGCAAAGAAUCAAUUAAUCAAUUUGUUUGGUAUCUGCCGUUCGUAUUUAAGUUUGUUUUUUGUAAGCUUCUCAUCUUACAAUUUCGCAUGAAAAUAUGUGAAGGAAUGGAUCAGUAAUAAAGAGACAUUUUUCCCACUUA